CCAAGCUGCAGCUUCAACUUCAAACAACCUGGACUUUUUAUUUCUCUGUUAUUUUCUGCCUCUGCGCCACUUUUAAUCCAGAUUAAGGGAGUCUGGUUUAAAACCGCUUCCAGUCUCACUCCAGUGAGUUGAGACCAACAACAAACACAACGUGAUCCAGAUCCAGGGCUGCAACUUUGUUUGUGUGUUUUUAUUAUUUCACCGGAGCUGAAACUUUUACCCCCCGAGGAGAAACCACGGAGGACAUGCCGGGGUUUGUGGCUUUGUUGGCCGCGUUUGCAGCUCUCUCUGUGGGGUUGAGGAGCUCCGUGGCCGGGGUGGAGAUGCUGGGCUCAGUGGCCGCGGAGGAGAGCUCCGCAACCGGGGUGAGGGGCUCCGCCGUACCCGCGGAGCAGAGGGCAUCAGCCGGUGUGAACAGCACCGCGGUGGCCAGGGCGGGGAUCUCCGGGGACGGGGACCGAGGAGCGGGGAGGGCUGGCUGCCCUGGCCGCUGUCGGUGCGAGGUGGACGGGCUGCUGCACCGGGUGGACUGCUCGGACCUGGGGCUCCGGGAGAUACCGAGCAACCUGAGCGUCUUCACAUCCUACCUUGAUCUGAGUAUGAAUAAUAUGACUGUGUUGUCCAGUGGAGCUUUGUCCAACCUGCACUUCCUAGAGGAGCUGCGUUUGGCGGGAAACGAUCUGUCAUUCAUCCCCAGAGGAGCAUUCGCCGGCCUCUACAAUCUCAAAGUGCUGAUGCUUCAGAACAACCAGCUGAGGUCGGUCCCUGGUGAGGCGUUCAACAACCUGCACAACCUGCAGUCGCUCCGCCUAGAUGCUAAUCACAUCUCCAGCGUUCCCAUUGGCUGUUUCUCAGGCCUGCGUUCGCUCCGUCACCUGUGGUUGGACGAUAACUCUCUGACGGAGGUGCCGGUGGAGGCUCUGAGCGAUCUGCCCGCCCUGCAGGCCAUGACCCUCGCCCUCAACCACAUCAGCCACGUUCCUGACCACGCCUUCAGCAAGCUGGGCCGCCUGGUGGUGCUGCAUCUCAACAACAAUAGGAUCGUUUCCAUGGGAACGAACUGCUUCCACGGACUCCACAGUUUGGAGACGCUGGAUUUGAACUACAACAGUCUGGUGGAGUUUCCCACGGCCAUCCGUUCACUCAGUCACCUCAAAGAGCUUGGUUUCCAUAGUAACAACAUCCAGUCGAUCCCGGAGCACGCCUUCACGGGAAACCCGUCACUGAUCACCAUAUUUUUCUAUGACAAUCCGAUCCAGUCUGUCGGACGCUCGGCCUUUCAGAACCUGCCAGAGCUUCGCACACUAUCUCUGAACGGAGCCGCAGAUCUCACUGAGUUUCCAGAUCUGACAGGAACCAAGAGUUUGGAGAGCCUGACUAUCACAGGGGCUCGGAUCACCUCUCUGCCCAGUUCAGUGUGUGAGCAGUUUCCAAACCUGCAGCUACUUGAUCUCUCCUAUAAUCAGAUCCAGACUCUUCCCAGUUUCUCCGGCUGUGAAAGUAUCCAGAAGAUUGACCUGCACCACAACGAGAUCGAGGAGCUGCAGGAGAACACCUUCCACGGUCUGAUGUCUCUGUGCUGUCUUGAUUUGUCGUGGAACAGGUUGUCGACAGUGAGGCCGAACUCGUUCUCCGCUCUGCCCGCUCUCACCAAACUUGACCUGUCCUCCAAUCAGCUGUCCUCUCUGCCUCUGAUUGGUCUGCAGAGUUUAACUCACCUGCGAUUGGCUGGAAACGAUCAGCUGAUGGAGUUAAUACCCCGAGAGGACCUGCCCCGGGUCAGGGUGAUGGAGCUGCCUUACGCCUUCCAGUGUUGUGCCUUCGUCUCCUUGUCCUGGGAGAGAGAGGAGGCGGCGGACUUCACCGGGAGAGACACCUCCGUCCUCUCCAGCCAAGUAGAUCAGGACUGGGAGGAUUUACUGAUUGAGUUUGAAGACGAACCAAAACCUCAACACUCGGUCCACUGCAGCCCUGCGCCAGGACCGUUUCGUCCCUGCCUCCAUCUGCUCGGCAGCUGGUUGAUCCGUGGCGGGGUGUGGCUCAUCGCAGUGCUCUCAUUGGUCAGCAACAGCCUUGUCGUGCUGUCAAUCUUCUUUUCCACCGCCACCUCGGUCACGCUGCCCAAGCUGCUGAUUGGUCUGCUGGCGCUGGUGAACGGCCUGAUGGGGGUGUGGUGCGGCUGGUUGGCGGCGGUGGACGCUUGGACGUUUGGGAGCUUCUGGAGGUACGGGGCAAAGUGGGAGAGCAGCUUCCUGUGUCGACUCAGCGGCUUCCUGUGCGUGUUCGCGUCGCAGACCGGCCUCUUCCUGCUCACCGUCGCAGCUCUGGAGCGAUGCCUGGCCGCCGCCACCGCCACCACAGGACGCAACAAAACUGACAAACACAGUCACGCUUCGUCUCUGCUCUUCGUCCGUCUGUCCAUUGUUCUGUGUUUCCUGUUGGGUUUGGCCGUCACACUGCCCCCCCUGGUGGCCGGACACAGCAGCACCUCCCUCUGUUUGCCACUGCCUUCCUCCACCUCCUCCUCCUCCCUGGCCUUCUCCGUCUCCCUGGUGCUCCUCGACUCGCUGUGUUUCCUCCUCAUGACGGUCGCUUACACUCGCCUCUACUGCCGGGUCAACAAAGCUCCACCUGCCUCAGAGGAGGAGGCGGCGCUGACUCGACACGUAGCCUGGCUGCUCUUCUCCGACUGCCUCCUCUACCUCCCUGUGGCCUUCCUCUCCUUCUCCUCCCUGCUGCGCCUCCCCGCCGCCGGGCCAGAGGCGGCAAAGGGGGUGCUGCUGCUCGUGGCGCCGCUGCCGGCCUGCAUCAACCCGCUGCUCUACCUCCUCUUCAACCCACUCGCCAGGGAGGAGCUGGCAGCGCUGGCCAAACGCACCUGCGGGGCUAUGGCGGUACCUAGACUACACAUGGGUGGAGGAGGAGGAGGAAGAGGAGGAGGAGGAAGGUCGAUGCCUGUAAUGAUGGAUUCAACGUACGACGAGGACGCAGAGAAACAAUCGUGUGACUCGACUCAGGCGCUGGUGGCAGUCGGAGGCUUAAAGGAGGAGGAGGAGGAGGAGAGAGGAAGGAUAAAGAGCGAGACACAACAUUCAGUAGCAAUCGUUGUUCCACGUCACUAG